AUGAAGAAUUUUUCUGAAACAGAUAUGAAAAUAAAGGUAGCAGAAGCUGUUCAAAACUAUGGUCAAAAGGAUUAUCAAAAGGAUACAGAGUUUUUAGACGAGAUUCAUAAAACAUUCAAGUGUUGUGGGCUGGAAGGUGCUGAUGAUUUUAAAGGUUUUUCAUUGAAGCCUACUGCAGAGUCAAAUUACUUUGCAUCAUCUGGCGACCCAAAAUCAUGUUUUGAUAAUAAAAACAACCUAUGGAAAAGAGGUUUUAAAGAAGCGAUAGAAUAUGUUCCUACCCUCAUAAAAGCCAUAAACAUAUUAAUAUUAUUAUUAACAUUUUUACUUUUGGUAAAUAGUAAUCGAUACUUAUAA